GGUCUAAAUUGGCAACAUUACUGACAACUAAUAAAAAGAACAUUCCAGCGAUCGAGUCGACUAGGCUACGUUCGUAUCGUCUUGUGCAUAAACAACUACUAAUGAAUGACUUUAGCAAUUAGUACAAACGUAUAAUAAUGGCAAAUAAAAUUAGUAGUCAAAUUAAUAAAAUUAAUAGAUAUAUGAUUUGAAAAUAUUCGAAUAAUUCGAUAAAUUGCUCACUCGAAUAUUUAAUCGUAUUAGUACAUUUGAACAUCACUAUAUUUGACAAUUGAUAUUAAAAAAUGGCAAAACAGUUUACAAUUUUACAUUUUCAUAAAUAUAUUUUUAUCUGAAAUAUAUUUUUUCGUUGAAUUCCUUGUUUUUGCUAUCAUUAUAUCUAAAACUUAUGCAACGAUUAACAAAUAAUUUCAUAAGUGAAUGUUGUGAUUAUUGUCAAUAUAUUGAUAAGAUUUUACUUUCUGAUGACCAUUUAUCUUUCUAAAGAACUAGUGGUAUUACUCUACAUGAAACUAAUUAGAUACCUAAAGCCGAUUACAUUUAUUUCCACCCUGGCUCCUAUGUUACAAUCAAAUAAUAAUGUUGAUAAAAGUAGGUUCAAUAAAAAACAAACAAUGGAAAAGAAUAUUAGAACAUAUUAUUUACUUGGCAAUAGUAUUUAUUUUGAUUCCAGGCUUCUUUUACUUUGAACUCUGUAUAGUUUUACCUGCUGUUGUGGAAGAAUGGACAUUUACUUACUUUGUCCACUUAAUUAGUGCAACAUUUUUAUUACUGAACAUUUUAGGCAAUAUGAUCUAUGGAAUGUUUACUGACACCACAAUCAAAGGAAGAUAUCUUGACGGCUUCAACAAGUGUAACUGGACAGUUUGUAGUGUAUGUGAAUGUAUCCGACCACCACGUGCCUGGCACUGUAACACUUGUGAUAUUUGUAUUUUAAAAAGAGAUCACCAUUGCACAUUUUUUGCAUGUUGUAUAGGUUAUUAUAACCAUAGAUAUUUUAUAUUAUUUACACUGUAUAUAUUUAUAUCUAUGGUGUAUGCAUUUUAUUAUAAUGUGAAAUUUUUAGCACAAUUUAUUAAAUGGAACCAUGGAUUAAUUAUUAUAAAAUUUAUAUUCCCCUUAGCUAGUUUUUUUAUAGACUUUGGUAAAGAAAGCCUUUAUGUAUUUUUAGUUGUUAUUAAUGUUAUUAUUGGGGUGUUCUCAGGUUUUUUGUUCUUUUAUCACUUUAAUAAUUUAUUAAAAGGCAAAGUGGUCCCCGAAACAAAAAAUGACAAUAAAGGGUCAUCAUAUGAUAGAGGUUGGAAAGCUAAUUUAAUAGAGGUAUUUGGUUCCAGGUGGUAUUUAACUUGGAUAUCACCAUUUGUACACAGUCCUUUACCAGGUAAUGGGAUUGAGUGGGUAGUUGAAGACAAGUAUAGUUAAAAUACACCAAAUCAUAGUUUAAAUUUAAAAAAAUAUAUAAAUAUUAAUGUAAGUCUGAACUUUGUAAAUAAUGUGAAAAGUACAAACAUUGCUAUAAAUCAGAUUAAAUUAAUUUACACAAUUUUGCUAAUAACUGUAAAAGAUUUUACAAGAAGGCAUUUUUAUAUAGUUAUAAAAAUUGUAUUACACAUUUAUAAUAUAUAUAAAAUUUCAAAUA